AUGAUUCUCCCGAUUUUUCUCAUUUUUCUCAUUUCAAUUUCAAUUGCUCAAAAUCCAUUGACAACUUUCUCUGAAGAUAUCAUAAAUCUUCAUAAUAAAAUGAGAAGUGCUAAUUCAAUGAGAGAAGAGUUUCAAUUAAUAACAGCAACAAACAUGAGAAAAAUGGUGAGUUUUCUGAACCGGGGAAGGUUGAGAAACCCAUCAAAGUUUAGAUUACUUCUGAAUAGUGCAAGUAAAACUUCGGGCUGCUCUAAUUUUUCAAAUGUUGUAUUUUCAGAAAUGGAAUGAGAGCCUAAUUCAUAACGCAUGUAAUCAAGAUGUUUGCUAUUUUCACAAUUAUCGCGAUGAUUUCACAAGUUCACAAAUUGUACGAAGUCUAUGGGAACCAAUAAAAUCCGAACUAAUAAAACUAGGAAAUUAUCAAAUGUUAUAUAUUACAAGCGAAACUUGGGAGAAUCUGAAUCCAAUGAUGAAAUUCGCAAUUCAAAUGAUAUGGGCUGAAGCAUCUCAAGUUGGAUGUGUUAUACAAAAACAUGUAUCGUUGGGUUCAUAUUUGUAUUGUGCAUAUGAUGUUUCUGUCAAACCUCAAGCAUUCAUUUAUGAAGCCGGAAUACCUUGCUCAAAAUGUCUAAGCAUGAGAAUGCAAUGUGAAUUGUCAACUGGUCUUUGUUUUUGAUUGAGUUGUUUGAUGAUAAAAUUGAUUGAUGAUCACGUAUGGUGUCUUCAGAAAAUUUAUGACUUCUUGUUUUAUUGAUACAUAUAUAUGUUUAACAGACUGUGAGAUUAUUAUGUUUUAUUGAUGUUGAAAAUGUGAAACGCAUUGAUUCGCUUUCAAAAUUUUCAAACAUAAAAAUUUUUGACAAACAUGUUUUUAUCGACAGAAGUCAAUUAGAGUAAGUUUAUAAAUUCCUUUUUAUCACAUUUUCGGUAAAAACUUGAAGUUUUGAUCAGGAAAUUUCAAGACUUAUAAGAUUAAGCUUCAAAUAGAAUUUCCGCUGAUGAUAAACUAAUGAAGCAGUAAAUUUAGGAAGUUUGAAGUGUUUUUUGUAGCCAAAACCUGAGCAUGCAUGGUUAAUAUGGAAAGUUCAUAUUAUUUUUUCAAAUGAGCACGAUUCGAAAUAUUCUCGCAUUUGCAUAUCCUAUAACUUUUUCUAUUGUAGCCAUAUUCCAUAUCACAUUUUUAUGUUUCGUUUUCUUGAAAUCUCCGAAAAACUUCAAAUUUUUGAAAUUUCUUUUGAUACAAACUUCAGUACUCGAACUUUUAGUUGGUGGAAUGCUAACUUUUAUUCAAACUCGACUUAUUGCAAGUCAAAUACCAGUCGAAGUUCGAAGUUAUGGAUUUUGUCAAGAUCCGAAAGUAUGUUUCUUGAUUUUCAUGCUACAUCAAACAUUUGGCGGAGCAGUCGAAAUAUCUCUGUGUUUCACAAUUUUCUAUAAAUUUGUAAAAAUCAUAGAUUAUUCAAAAUCACAUCAAAGAAAGUUGAAGUUAUUCUAUUUCAUAUUUUUCAGCCCAUCGAUUUUUAGCUCAGUGAGUUUGUUUCACUGUUUGAUUAUGAUUUAUUUGAAUAUAAGGUUUCAGAUUCUGUCCUGCAUAAUCCUAUUUCGGGAUGAGACCCAACUUCGAUCCCUCGGAAUAAAUAUUCCAGACCCAAGAAAUAUUCCCAGUUCAGGGAUUCUAA